AUGGACUACUAUCUUCCUCCCCUUUGGACGCGUCUUCUGAUUCAGGACUCUUACUUUGGGGAGAUGGGCACCCCAGGUCUGGUUACCAUCGGCAUACCAUCUGGUGGUGAUGUUACCAUUGAUGAAGCCCACUUUGAUGGCGGUGCCUCCGUGUACAUACCCUAUGACCUUGGCACUGCGGACAUGACCAUUCUCAACUCCAAGUUCUCCAACUUUGCUCUCCCAUUCUCAAUCAUAUCCACCAACUAUGGCUCACUCAACAUCAGCAACUGCAUCUUCACCAACAUCACUUCGGAAGCACCAUCAUCGUGA